AUGUCAAUGAAUGUACCUUUCAAGCCCAAAGUCCAACUACUUGAGCCUCCAGUUCUUGUUGGGAAAAAAGGACACAGAGGGCUUGGAUUUAAUCAUCCACAGCUUGCUAUGUUUCUUUGCCCAGUGAAACAUCUUGAAGAUUUUAUCAGAGACCCCAAAGAUGCUUCAAGGACACACCUAAAACUGAAAGAUGGUCAAAUCAAGGUCAAUGCCCAAAAUUUACCUGCAUUUCUAUAUGAAGGCAAGACCCCAGGUGAACAUUUCAGUCCUGAUGCAAUUGACAAAGGGCUGCUUAAAGGCUAUUAUCUCCUUUGUGUAAGUGUCUUCUGUGGCCCUAGAAGUGCACGCAGCAAAAUAGGAUCAAUGAAACAAAGUACACGUGCUCACAAUGUCAAGAAACAUGGCAUGACAAGAGUCACUCCCCAGACCAUCUCAUAUGCUGCAGUACAGGACCCACUUGAAGAAAAGCAUAAUGACAUAUCAGCACUUAAGGCACAAUGUGCUGCUCGAAAAGCCGCAGCAACAAUGCAAACCCCAGAGUCUGAACCUGCCAGCACCACUCCCAUCACUGCCAUUGCGGAAGCUCAUUCACCAUCCCCUCACAUAAUUAACAGCCCAGUCCCUAAUGAUAAUCCACCACCAGGACCACCUCAAAUAUUAGCAAACAGUGAUGCAGAAGAUGAAGAUCUUUACCAGAUGCCUCCGAGGCAGAGUGCCUUCAAGAGACCAUUAUAG